AUGUUGACACAUACAUUGGGAACGAUAAGUGAACGUGAUGAAGAAAUUUAUAUGCUUCUCGAUAAAUAUGGGUAUAUCGAACGAGAAACUAAUGUGAGUCAAAGUGAUUUAAAUGCGGACCAACUAAGCUUAUUGAAGAAAGGUAUAUCUCGCUUUCAAAAAUCAUUUAAUCUUCCAGUGACCGGUAAAAUAGACUUUAGAACCGUAGAUUUACUUGGUAAGCCUAGAUGUGGUAAUGAAGAUUCUUUCGACUUUCUGAAAUCAAGCGAUCAAAACCGAAAAUGGAGUUCAUUAAAUAUUAAAUGGGGUAUAUACGGUGAUUAUCAUCCAAACGGUUUUACCGCGAUUGCGCAAAAAGCGUUUAACAUUUGGUCUAACCACGUCAAUUUACAUUUUAGGAGAGUAAUAUCAGACGCUAACCUUUUGAUCGCUUUUAAAUCGGGUAAACAUGGAAUUAUUAGAAAUGAUAAAGCAUCAUGUUUAGGUCGCUUCGAUGGUAUGGGAGGAAUUCUUGCGCACGCCGACUACCCUGACAUUUACAAAAACGCAAUUGAAAUUCAUUUAGACAAAGACGAGGAUUAG